CGACGAGGACGAGAACAAGAACGACGACGACGACGACGACGCGAGCGACGAGGACGAGGUCGAGGACGAGGACGACGGCGACGUUUCUUCGAUUCGUCCUUCGGCCAUGGACCUCGAGACGAGGAACGGCACCGGCAACAAUGAAGACGACGACGAGUACACCAAUAUUCACUUUAUCGUCGGCGACCGCAGGGAGACGGCCACCUAUCGCUCUGACCAGGUUACGGACAUGGAGCUGAAGGAACUCUUUAGAAACGCUGCGGAGGCUGGACCUCUGGAUAUCGUGAAGCUUCGCAAGGGAGAUAAGCUCCUGAACAUUUCGUGUCACUUGCCGGCAAACACUCCCGACACGCCCUAUGUUCUUCAGGUCGUCGGUGCUCACCCCGCCUCCUCGGGGAUGAUGGAGCUGGAAGUUUUGCGGGCGCUCGAGAGCCGCGUGGCGACCCUGGAGCGAGAACUGCGCGAGCACCAGGAGGCCGUUUGCGCGUCACCACCGUUGGCACUUCGGGAACUUAAGAGGCAGGUCGACAGCUUCAAGAACAAGCUCGAGACUACCGAGCACCUCAGCUGGCUGGGUUUCUACAAGCAACUCCCAGAACCCAUUUCUUCGGAAGCAUGUAGAAGGUUGCAAUAUCGUCGAAAGAGCGACGGUAUAAAGCGCAAAGUGCGAGAAAAGUUCCUCAACAUCUGCGAGGUGGCCAUGUCAUCGAACGUUCGGGAAUGGCUUCGCUCGCCGGCCUUCGAUGCCCGACAAUGGGAAGACGAGGAGCUCCUACUGAUGCUGCAAACGAUGUUCGUCGAGCUCGACCUACCUCAAAAGUUCAACAUUCCCUUGUACGUUCUGAGGAACUUCCUUUACGAGGUCUACAUAAACUACAACGAGGUGCCGUUCCACAACUUCCGGCACUGUUUCUGCGUCGCGCAAAUGAUGUACGCGAUAGCUUGGGCGGUGGAUUUGCCGUCGCGGAUCGGCAAUCUCGAGGUCUUCGUCCUGAUCGUCUCCUGCAUAUGCCACGACCUCGAUCAUCCGGGCUACAACAACAUCUAUCAGAUAAACGCGCGUACCGAGUUGGCCCUGCGCUACAACGACAUCUCGCCCCUGGAGAAUCAUCACUGUUCGGUGGCCUUUCGCGUCCUAGAGGCUGCCGAGUGCAACAUCUUGGCGUCCUUGGACUGUUCGACCUACAGGACGGUGCGCGAAGGCAUCAUACGAUGCAUUCUCGCGACCGACAUGGCCAGGCAUAACGAGAUACUCGCCCAGUUCACCGACAUCGUGACGGACUUUGAUUACGCGAACAGGGCCCACAUUAAUCUGCUAUCGAUGAUCCUCAUAAAGGUCGCCGACAUCAGUAACGAGGCACGGCCUAUGGAAGUCGCGGAACCGUGGUUGGACAGGCUGCUUCAAGAGUUCUUCAAGCAGAGCGACGCGGAGAAACUCGAAGGGCUUCCAGUAACUCCAUUUAUGGACCGUGACAAAGUGACAAAACCCUCGUCGCAGUGCAGCUUUAUCGGCCUAGUUCUUCUUCCUCUCUUCGAAGCCCUCGGCGAGCUGUUUCCAGAACUUGAGGAUCUCAUAGUGCGGCCGGUGAGAGAAGCUCUCGAGUAUUAUCGAAGACUGAACGAGGCGGCGAAGGACGAGCGACAUCAUCGCAAGAGCGUGGUCGAUCUCGGAGAAUCGAAUCAGUCGUUGGCUCAGAUCGGUAACGCGACCAGCUCGACGGCCGCGACCGCGGCUUCUCCGGCGACUGCCGCGUCGGCCUCGGCCUCGGCGUCGGCCUCGGCCUCGGCGUCGGCGUCGGCGUCGGCAACGACGUCGGUCGUUAAGUCUACCUCCUCUCACAGCAUGCGCUCCAAACGUUCCGGUGGUACCGUUCACUCGAGAUCGCGCUCGACGGAGGAGGACAUCACGGAGAAUCUGACGCUCGAGGAAGCGGAUAACCUCGAGAGUUCGGAUCCCGAGACGGCGACCGAGGUCGAGAUAAGCGAGAAGACGUUAAAGUUUAAAAUCUCGACGGAGGGUACGACGGUCGGAUCCGGCUCGCACUCCGGCAGAAAGAGUUAUCCCGGUAGUCGAAAGGGCAGCAAGGAGAAGUCCUCCUUGGAUUAUCACAAUUACGAGCUGGCGCGAGCCAUGAGGGAGCACGAGCGCGAGCGCGAGCGCGAGCGCGGGCGCGAGAGGGAGAGAGAGAGGAGACGCAGCCGCGGCGAGAACAAUCUCGGAAGCAAUCUCAGCUCGCCGGUUAGCGCGAGAUCGACCGACGGCAGCAGGAUCCUCGAGGAACUCGAGCGAGACGAUUCCAUCUUCUUCGAUGGAGGGAACGUCAACAACGAGACGCUGCAGAUGGUCGAAGGGAACGGGAACGCGAACGCGAUCGGCGGCUGCCGAAAGGAACCUGCCAGAAGGAACGGCUCGAAGCGUCCAUCCUCGUCCGGCGUCUGUCGCAAGGACGUACCGAUAAUUCGACGAGAAUCGGUCGUCUCUUUGCGUUGCUCUUGCGACGACAAGUCCUCGAAUAAUCACAAGUCGCUGCUGUCGCGUUUGAGGAACUUUACGGAUCGUUUGAGCAUUAGUUUCGACUCCAAAGAUUCACCUAGUCCAAGAGCCACGAAAUACGUGGCGAAAAGUCUGAAUAAAAGCAGUACCGUGAGCACCGGUACUUGCACCGCUAUCGCCAGGCGCCGCCAACAGCAACACGAUCCCACGAGCCUCGUGUGCAAGCGAUGCAAUCUCAGGAAAGUGACGACGAGCAAGGAGCACGCCGGAAAGAUGCCGACGACGACGCUGCUCGAGUUGUCGAGCGUAGAGAAGAGAGCUAUGACAUUGCCGAAGGUGAGGAAGACGCAGGAUUCCAAGAGCAAGGGUUGGAAGACGGUCUUUGCGAAGGAGAGAAAGUCGUCGGCCUCGUUGGAAGUUUUACCCGGCGAGAACGCGGGCGACGAUAGGAGGUCGAUCGAAUCGAAGCAUCGUAGAAAUCUGUCGAAUCCGGAAGGUAAAUGUUCGAAGGGACAAAAGGGUCUCGACGUCGACAUCGACAUAGGCAUAGACAUCGACAUCGAGUUUAAGGAGAUCGAGGUGCGCCCGCCCAGCAGCGUCGGCCAGCAACAACGGAAGAAACCGGAGAUCGUCGUUGAUCCGGAUAGCUCGUCGCCUCGCGGAUUCGACGACGCCGAGGACAUGGGAAAAAUCGAGAUCAGACGGAGCUCCGCCAGCAUGGAGGACAUAUCGAAGAUCACCAAGCAAACCGAGACCGUUCUCUUGGGCUCGUUGGAGGCGAAAAAGGCGGAGGACCUUCAGCACACGGGUAGUUUGGACUCGAUGCUUUGCAAGGAGUCGGUAAAGGCGAGCAAAAAGACGAACGCUUUCUCGUCGCCUGCCGCCUCGAAAAAGUCGUCGCCGGGUCUCUUUUCGCGUUUCAAGUCCGGCAUGAGCAUCGACAGCACGAGGAGCAACAGCAACAGCGGUUCGUUGCACGAUCAGGGCUCGCAACACUCUCAGACCGGCUGGAUUUCGUCCUUGACAGCGAGUUUCCGGCCAAAGAGACAAACCACGAGCGAGGUACCGUCCUCGUCGUCGCCGGCCGCCCAGUCGCAGAAAUCCCAGAGCCGCGAGGAGAUCAAGUGAUACGUCCUUCGCGUCGAUCGACAAGCCGAGAGAGAUGGAUCUUCCGAUACGUCGCGUCGAGAAUGGUGGGCCCGACAGCCGUUCUGCUGCAACAGCUAAUUCUAGCGCGACUCAGCGACGAGCUCGGAAGUAUCUUAAUUCGGCUCGCGAUCGAGCGCGAAUUCGAUUUGCCAAAUCGCUACCAAAUUUUUCCCAGGAGUUCCAGCGAUCGCGCUUCGACCAUGGAAUCGACCAAAUUUAUAACGAGACUUUCAAAUUCCUUGGAUUUCAGUGUAGCGUCUCAUUCUCCCGCUGCUGUACGUGACUUCCUACGUCGAAUCGCGCCACGCGAUUAUUUUCCUCCUUUCUUCCUUUUAUCUUAUAUUUGCUCCUUUUCUUUCGUUUGGAAAAAAAAAAAGAAAAAAAUAAUAGUUUUUACUUUAUUUAUUGUCGAAUCAUGGCACAGCCUAACGAGUAAAUGUCAAUGUUGUUCGUUGAAUAGAUGCGCGUAUAUACCUAUAUACAUAUAUAUACAUAUAUAUGAAUAUACGGAAAGGGGGUAAGCCGUAAGAAGGUGUAUUCGUCUCGUUCGACAUCGGACAACACAUCGUGUACGCAUACGUGUGUCGCUUAAGCGCGUUUUACGCAUGUGUGCAGCUAUCUGUGUACAUAUAAGACACGUCACACACAACAAGUUUAUAUAUGUAUAUAUACAUAGGAUAUGCUAGUUAGAUAGAGAAAAGAAAUGUCGAUUCGUAGACGGAUCGAUUCUUGCGCGUAUGAUCCAAAAACGAACGAGAGAUAAUAGGUACGAGAUAGAUGGGUAUACCUGGAUACCUAGCGGUAACGAGAAAGACGCAGCCUAAUUGUCUUUCUCGUUCGAUCGACCGCUCGAUCCCUCGACGUUUUGUUGCUCGGAGAAAAACGCGCCUUUUCAUCUUCGAUUUUUAUCUACGUUUACUUUUUUCCUGCUUUCCUUUUUUUUAGAUGUUUAUAUUUUUAUACUAUUACAUCGGCGUGUCCGUAAGCGAUUAAGAAACCGCACGUAUUGUUGAACUCUAGUCUUAUAUUAUCGUUUUAGAGAGAUUAAGAGAGAGAGAGAGAGUGAGUGAGAGUAAGAGUGAGAGGGGGAAUUAGGGUAUUUUUUAGUUUCUUAAUUUUUUCCCCCUUGUUUCUUUUUUCUUUUCUUUUUUAUUUUUGUUCUUUUUUUUUUAACAACGACCGUAGCUUUAUUCUUUAGGGUAGAAUUACCCUUGGACUUUAACGAUCUCAACGAUCGUUUUGCGUUAACGCGCCUAACGUUCCUUUCAACCCUUUUCCUUCCGUUGCGUCGAGGAAAAAGGCUCGUUAAGUUUUAUCGAAGGAAAAUAGUCGAGAAAUCAAAUGAAUGCGAGGAGCAAUGUCUACGAGUUGACUCUAACGAUCUUUUUAAAUUUCGAGGUACGCCUCUCCAUCGAAUCAAAAAUCGUAACUUUCAGGAAAUGCUAAACAAAUGUCGUGUUCUACUUGUGUAUGUCGAUUCGUCGAUCGUCUGUCUGUCUGUCUGUCUGUCUCUUUCGAAUAUAAAUGUGCAAACUUCGUUUAGAUGUAUGAACUUUUAUCCUAAAGAUUGCAAGUAAAAAAGGAUUACCUUUUAUAUCGGUAUAUGUUGGCAAUUCGGAGGGAUUCUAAAUCGUAGAAUGAGAAUUGGGAGGAACGAGUGUGCUACGUCGUCCGUUCAGAGAGAGAGAGAGAGAGAGAGAGAGAGAGAGAGAGAGAGAGAGAGAGAGAGAGAGAGAGAGAGAGAGGGAGAGAGUGAAAGUCGCGUAAAGUAAAUGUAUAGACUAUAUAUGAUCAAUUAUCAAACACUAUCUGUGCCUGACCUACGUAUUUAUUUGUCACUUUCCUACUUAGUAAUUUUACCUCUUACCCUCUUCUCAUAAGGCCGAAUAAACGCGGGCCAAUUUUUCUAACGAUACUGGCGAAGAAAAAGAGAAGAUUUUUAAUCUAGCCGGACAAUCAAUAUCGCUCGAUAGAAUUCCAAACGGAUGCGAACGAACGUUCGAAGCGUCCUACGAUUUCAUUUAAAAACCGAAAGACGUACGAACGAUAAGAACGCGUUUAUCAUCCGCGAAAAUCGAACAUCAAACGAAAAUUUGAAAUAUAUUUUUAAAUGUCCACUUUAAUACUAAUGCUUUUUUAUCGGUUAGUAUAUAUAAAUUAGAGUCGAUCGAAUAGCGGAUAAAUUCCUCGAUCGCGCAUAUAAAUGCGCGAUAUGUAUGAAGAGGAAGAGAGAAGAAGGAGGGAAAGUGAGAGCAGCGAUCAAAAAGUUGAAACUUUGAAAUCGAUAUCAAAUGGGCCAAGCGGGUCGCAACCUCGCGACACCGCCCUCACUUGUCAAUUCGUUAUUAACUCGCACUAACGUGUCCUUCUCAUAUUUCAAUUACCAUUGUCAAUUACGGGGUACAACCAAUCGAUCUCUGUCAUAGUUUCUCUUAUCUCCAAAGAGAAUUUACUUUAGUGUCGUGAAAUAUAAAAAUCCUAUUAAAAGCGCACCGUCGAGUCCGUUCCUCCUCUGGCAUGCGUCGAUCCUAUCGAACGAUACGACAAACUUAUCCGUACGCCCGUUCGUCGUCUUUCCCAAUCCAUAGAUUAACGAACGAGAUUCGUAAAGUAAAGAUUAAAAUCGUAUUCGCGUCUCAGAAAAAGAUUGCACGAACUGACCCUACGUCGUAUAUAAGAAAAGAGUAAUUAAGUAUACAAAUGAAUGAAAAAAAGAAAAAAGAAAAAAAAAACAUAUAUGUAUAUAUAUAUAUGAAUAUAAUUCCACGUACGGAUAGAAAUGUAUUUAGCUUAGGUACGAGACUUUAUGGAGAGAGACUUCGAGGAGAGAUGGAAAAAAGAAAUAAAAAAGGAUACCGUUAAUUUAAGCUCGCGGGCGAGUCACUACUGCGAUAGUCUAACGAUGUAAUGAUGUAUAAUGGUGUGUGUAGGAGAUGUAAUGGAAAAAAAAAAAAAAAAAAAGAAAAGAAACACAGCACGAUAAAAAAGAAUCUCCGCUUCGCGGAAAAUUCUUAAAAAUAAAUCGUUGAUUUAUUGCUCGAUCACGGCGAUGAACUUCGAUUCGUGUUGAUAGAUUUAAUUCGAUAGUCGUUUAAUGAAUUUCGCCCUUGUGCCAAUGAAUGUAAACACAAAGACACGAACGAUCGUUCGUUCUCUCGUCGAAUAAAAUGUUCUAAAUUAAAAUUGAGCCUUUCGGCUGAUAAUUCGAUCGUAUGCGAAAAAAUGUUUGACGAUUGUUGCAGAUCGCAGCUUUGCGUUGAUACGACGUUUAGAGAGAGAGAGAGAGAGAGAGAGAGAGAGAGAGAGAGAGAGAGAGAGAGAGAGAGAGAGA